AUGCAUCUGAGGCUGCUUUUGCCCUACAAAGGCAGAGACAACAGCGGUGGCGGCAGCGACGGCGGCUCUGGAGGCCGCAGUCCCGGUCCUGGCUUCGGCCCCAGCCCCACCGUGGUGACGCUCGCUGAGCUGCAGGUGCUCCGGGCCGCCCUCCUGGCCACGGCCUCGGGCUACUCCGUCAGCAUCGAUGCGCGUGCCGAGGAGCGCUUCUUCGAGUGGGUUACCUCGGGCACCAAGAUGGGCCUCAUCUUCAAGGUGGCUGAGGGCGGCUUCCUGGACGUUGACGUGGAGAUUACAGGGCCUGAUAAUAAAGGAAUUUAUAAAGGAGACUGGGAGUCCAGUGGGAAAUACACAUUUGCUACUCACGUGGAUGGAACAUAUAAGUUUUGUUUUAGCAGUAGGAUGUCCACCAUGACCCCAAAGAUAGUGAUGUUCACCACUGAUAUUGGGGAGGCCCCCAAACAACAAGACAUGGAAAGAGAAGCUCACCAGAACAAGCUAGAAGAAAUGAUUAACAAGCUUGCAGUGGCGAUGACAGCUGUAAAGCAUGAACAGGAAUACAUGGAAGUUCGGGAGAGAGUACACAGAGCAGUCAAUGACAGCACAAACAGCAGAGUGGUCCUUUGGCCCUUCUUGGAAGCUCUUGUUCUAAUUGCCAUGACACUGGGACAGAUUUACUAUCUGAAGAGAUUUUUUGAAGUCCGGAGGGUUGUUUAAAAAGCCUUUUGCUGAUGAUGCCAAACUCAUAAUUCACUAUUUACCAAACGUCUUGGUCAUAAUAAUGUCAUUAGUUUCUAUGUUUUUAUUUUCUAAACUGUACAUUCACAGCUUCUGUUUCUUUGUGAUUAACAGAUAUUGGGGGAAAACACUUUUUUAGGAAAGUUAUAGUGAAAUUUGACAUGUGAUUGGCAUGAUUUCAUAUUUGAAUUCUUCCUCCAUUAUACAGGUCCUUCCAGAACUC